AUGGAACAAAUAGCCAACCAAAUUGAUCGGGACGAUACGGGCGAUAUUGUGAAGGACAUGCAAAAUGCCCCUUCUUCUACCAAUAUCAAUUUUCCAUCGUCCUCCAGCAGAGGCGACUCGGACGGUGUUGUUGACGGCUCAGGCAACGGCAACACAGGCGUGGGAGGGGGUUCGAGCUCACAGACCAAAGUCAUUGUCUUCAACUCCACAAACUUCGAGGACGGUUACGUUUUUCAGCUCAAGGAUAGCGACCAGAACAAAAAGAUAAUCGGCUUUUCCAAAACCGACCCCAAAACCACUCUCGAUGUGGUCCAAUGGCAGGUUAUCAACGACCAAAACAUUAAGGCUUUGGGUGAUGCCAACUUUAGCGAUGCGAAGGCCCAGGGACAACUCAUGGAUGUUACUGAUACAUUAUCCAACGUAGUUGGCAACAAUUCUGUGACGCUCAACUUUAUUGGCCAAACCGCGAAAUAUUACGGAAAAGAGAUGUACAUCCAAAUUGACUGGAAGAAGGACGGAGCUUCAGGCUCCACCAAAACAGAGCUUUUCACUGUUACUAAUACCGACAACACAACUGAGAUCACUGAACUAGACACCCAGCUCAAAGAGGAUAAUAGUCAACAGGGGACCUUGGAGUCUACCAGUUCCUCAUCCUCAUCGGCAACAGCCACCCUUUCGCCUUCGUCGACUUCAGGGGCUGAAGAGAGUUCCGGCGGCGGCGGGGGGCUCUCAACCGGCGCAACUGCUGGCAUUGCCGUUGGUGCCGUCAUUGGUGGUCUUCUGAUCAUCGGUGCUCUGGUAUGGUUCUUUCUUCGUCGGCGUCGACGCAGCAAGAAGGCUGGUGAUGAGUAUGUCACACAGCAAACAUACGCAGUGGACAAGGAAACUCAUGGCCGCGCUACCGACUCACCCAACUCGCCCUACUCAGAUGAAAAUCAUAUGCAACCUGUUGCUCUCGGUAGCCUCGACCGAGAUCGUGGUGUCGCUCCAACUCCCCCACCCGGCGCCGUGCCUCGUUCAUCCAUCGGGUCCCAUGAUCGUGCAGCACACAGCGGUGCUCAGACACCCCAGGGCAUGCCCUCCAACGUGGCUCACUUGGUCGAAGAUGGUAUGACAGUUGAUGAAAUCCGAAGAUUGGAGGAAGAGGAGAGGCAACUGGAUGAUGAAAUCGAGCGUGCCGCAAGACGUUAG